UUCUACUACUAUUACUGCUGCAUCUAGCUACCAAAAAAACAUGAAACAUCUUAUUAGUGUUUGUAUCAUAGUCUUUUGGGUAUGUGCAUACCCAACCAUGUCUCAAAAGCUGAAUGAAUCAUCAUCGGUUGUUGAAGCACAUCAACAAUGGAUGAUGAAGUAUGAGCGCACCUACACUAACAUUUCUGAGAUGGAAAAACGUUUUCAGAUAUUUAAAAAUAAUUUAGAAUACAUAAAGAAACAUAACAAUGCUGGUAACAAGAGUUAUACACUUGGCUUAAAUCCAUAUUCUGAUUUAACUAGCGAAGAGUUUAUUGCUUCAUACACUGGACUUAAAAUACCAAGUCAAGUUUCUUCCUCUAAAAUGGAGCCUGUUCCAAUCCUCUUCAACUUAAAUGAUGAUGUUCCAACUAACUUUGACUGGAGACAACAAGGAGCGGUCACAUAUGUUAAGGAUCAACAAAGUUGUGAAUGUUGUUGGGCCUUUACAGCUGUGGCGGCCGUAGAAGGUAUUGUUAAAAUCAAAACAGGUGAUUUGAUCUCAUUGUCUGAGCAACAACUGGUUGACUGUGAUCAAAAAAGCCACGGGUGCAACGAAGGUUAUAUUAGCUCUGCCUUCGAAACUAUAAUAAAAGAGCAAGGCAUUUUUAAAGAAACUGAUUAUCCUUACAAAGGAGUUGAUCAAACUUGCCAACUAAAUGGUCAAAUACAAGUUGGAGCUCAAAUAAAUAGUUAUGCAGCUGUAGCUCCCAAUGAUGAACAACAACUACUACAAGCUGUGACACAACAACCAAUAUCAGCUUCAAUCUCUGUAGGUGAAGAAUUUAAGAGAUACAUGCAAGGGGUUUAUUCAGGAUCGUGUGGAACCACUCUGAACCAUGCAGUUACAAUAGUUGGUUAUGGUAUAAGUGAAGAAGGGAUGAAGUAUUGGUUGGUUAAGAAUUCUUGGGGUGAAAAUUGGGGUGAGAAUGGUUACAUGAGGGUGCUCAGAGAAAGUGAUGAAAUUGGAGGUCAAUGUGGCAUUGCUAAGCAAGCUUAUUACCCGACUAUAUAAUAAUUUUACAUUACUUUUACAGUGUCGGUUCUUGUUGUGCCGGUAUAAUAAGUUUUCUACUAUUACGUUAGUUCCUUUCCCUGAAACACUUGAUUGGCUUCUUCUUAAUUAAUUGUAUUGUAUUGAAAUUCAUCUUAGUUAUAUCAAUUAAGGAAAAAUAAA